AUGGCAUCCGCAAUGAAGUUUCAGUACUAUUCGAAGAAGGCUGCCGGGAAGACUAUGUCGAGUAGCAUGACUAGCAGCAUGUCAGCCACACAGAGCAUUGUUUCCUAACCUAGAAGUUGAGUUGCAGGUCGAUGUCGAACGACACCAGGAUGGAGGAGUUCAAGAGAAGAUUCCGUCGUUCGGGGUCUCUUGGGAUCCCAUUCGUCCCCGAAGAAGACGUCAAACAGGUCAGCACUCCCCUUCCCCUCUUUUCGUAAUCCUUUUGAUAGUUCUUCACUCCAACUCGCUCGGUCCGUAAAGAAGCCUCGAUCCGCGAGGGCGACGAAGAGGACGGAGUGCAAGUGCUCACUAUCAUUGUGAAGUCGAGCCGUGUCUCGGACGACAUCUCCAAGAUGAUCGCCAACCUCCCGGGCCGUACUCGCGUCAAGCACUUGGAGACACGUGACAGUCAGGACGGAAGCUCUGCCACGAUGGACGUGCUUCUGGAGAUUGAGCUUCAUGACUGGGGAAAGCAGGAGGCAAUGGAUCUCAUGAGACUGAAUGGGCUCGACGUCCACGAAGUCUCAUUUACGAUUCGUCCGAACGCCGUCAAGGAACAGUUCACUGAACCCGGAUCUGAUGGUAUUAUUGAAGGGGAUGCAGACAAAGAAUCCAGAGGUUUCAGAUGCGAUCACCGGAUCAGAAUGGUUCCCGAAGAGCAUAUAUGACUUGGACAUUUGUGCGAAACGUGUCAUUAUGUACGGCUCAGGACUUGAUGCCGAUCACCCUGUUGGGAAUUGAAUACUGUUUCAGUUGUUGUACUUAUCAGUUUUAGGGAUUCAAAGACACUGAAUACCGUCAACGCCGGAUGAUGUUUGCCGAACUGGCCCUCAAUUAUAAACAGUUCUUGUUUCUAUGGGAAUUCGUUUUUCAGAUAACAUGUUUUCAGCGGAGAGUCGAUUCCAAGAAUCGAAUACUCCGAAUCGGAGCGGAAGACGUGGGGUGUUAUUUACAAGAAGCUGCGCGAGCUGCACAAGAAGUAGGCCAGAAAUCGGAGUGAGACAAUGAGCUGAUUGCAGGCACGCUUGUAAACAAUUCCUUGACAACUUCGAGCUUCUCGAGAGACAUUGCGGAUACUCUCAGGACAACAUUCCGCAGUUGGAGGACAUCUGCAAGUUUCUCAAGGGUCACAUCUGAGAGUGGAAAUAGAUGGUCGAAAAUAAUCAGUUUCAGCCAAGACAGGUUUCCGCGUCCGUCCAGUUGCCGGGUACCUUUCCGCUCGCGACUUCCUUGCCGGACUCGCCUUCCGCGUUUUCUUCUGCACUCAAUACGUCCGUCAUCAUGCCGAUCCAUUCUACACUCCGGAACCGUACCCGAGGAUCAGUGAAUAGGAAAUGACUGCAAUGUUUCAGGGACACUGUUCACGAGCUGAUGGGCCACAUGGCUCUCUUCGCGGAUCCCGACUUUGCUCAGUUCUCCCAAGAGAUUGGAUUGGCUUCGCUCGGAGCAUCUGAAGAAGAUUUGAAGAAGCUGGCUACGGUAGAUUGUUUUUCAGAGAACUUCAAAUAAGAUCACUUGUUUUUAGCUCUAUUUCUUCUCCAUCGAGUUCGGAUUGUCUUCGGAUGACGCGGCCGACUCGCCGAUGAAGGAAAACUCGACGAACAACGGAAAGUUCAAAGUUUACGGAGCAGGGCUUCUGAGCAGUGCGGGCGAGUUGCAACACGCAGUCGAGGGCUCUGCGACCAUCAUCCGAUUCGACCCGGAUCGUGUCGUUGAGCAAGAAUGUCUCAUUACCACUUUCCAAUCUGCCUACUUUUACACUCGCAACUUUGAGGAAGCUCAGCAGAAACUGAGGUUCGUCCAUAUCCUCACCAUAUUGUUCAUUCAUUCCCAUUUUAGAAUGUUCACCAACAACAUGAAGCGCCCGUUCAUCGUCCGCUACAACCCGUACACCGAGAGCGUCGAAGUGCUCAACAACCCCCGUUCCAUCAUGCUCGCCGUCAAUUCGCUGCGUUCGGACAUCAACUUGCUCGCCGGCGCCCUCCAUUAUAUUCUCUAA